UAUUUAUUCAUAACUCAAACCAUUUGUUCAUUAUUCAAAAGAAAGAAAAAACCUUUCCUCACAUUCUCUGCACAAAACACUGUAAUAUUACUUCAUCAUCAUUCAUCACUCAAUCAUUUUUCGAACAAAAUCACCAUUCAUUUCAGUUUCUGACAUGUCCCUUGAACAAGAGCUUGAAUCCGACUCCACACCCAUCGCUCAUCCUCAACAGCGAUCAAACGCCUUAUGCUUCCCCACCUGCUUCGCCUCACGCCGCCGUUCCAUCUGGUGGGAGCGCGUCCGCUCCGCCUCCUUUUCCCAAUCCAAUCCCACCACCACCACAACCACCGCUGACCGCUGGUGGUCACGCGGUCUCAAAGCCUUAAAGAAACUCCGAGCCUGGUCAGAGAUCGUCGCUGGUCCAAGAUGGAAAACGUUCAUCCGGAAAUUCAGCCAACACCGAUCCUCCAGACGCAUGGCUAAUAAGUACCAAUACGAUCCGUUGAGUUACGCCUUGAACUUCGAUGAGGGACAGAACGAGGAUAGCCGCGACGACGGAUUUCGCAAUUUCUCCACGCGGUACGCCGCCGCUAAUGGUAAAUCAGUCGCGCCGGAGCCGGAUUGUGAAAUUGGCGGUUUGGUUUGAUUGAUUGGGCCGCGUGAGCUAUGAUGCGCUGGAGUGUACACAUUGUGUGAGCUGGAGAAUGAGUAGUAGGGUUUGGUUGGUGAAACUGAAAAGAGCAUUACACGGUGUAUACCACUCCAUCGUGUCGCUUUCUUUUUAUUUUACCCUUUUUUUUGUUAUUAACCAUUCUAUAAUAUGAAAAAUUACUUUCUUUUUUCUUUUUUAAUUUCUUUUUAUGUUGUACAUAUGUCGGUAACAAAACUUAAAUGGUUAUAUUACUAUUACAAUCGAAUUUUUUUUUUUUGA